GCAGGUGCCAUAGCUGGUGGCCUGGGAUGCUUCUGGGAAGGGCCCGACACACCCUCCUAAGGUGUGUCCACCCACCUCAGUAGGACAAUGCUCCCGGAAGCGGAGAGCAACAUGGCCCCAGGGCUCCCAGCCCCUGGGAAGAGCCCGCUGGAGCCUUAUAAAGGGGCCAGACUCCAAGAAGAAGCAUAGUUCACUCGCCCUCCUCAGUGACACACCCUCAGCUUCGCUUCUGUGAAAGCCAAGAUGAGUCAAACUCCAGCUGAGAAGUUCAUGAAGGACUUAAUUGACUUGUUUCACAAUUACACUGAUGACGAUGACAUGAUCAGAAAAGACAACGUGUUGAAGAUGCUGAAGGAGAAGUUCCCCAACUUCCUCAGUGACUGCGAAAAGAGGGGGAAAGAUUUCUUGAGCAAUAUCUUUGAGAGAAAAGACACAAAUGGGGAUGAGAAGAUUGACUUUUCUGAGUUUCUCUCCUUGCUGGGGGACAUAGCCGUAGCUUACCACAAGCAGAGCCACGGAGCACCGCCCUGCUCCGGGGACAACCAGUGAGCCCAGCCCUGCCUGAGGCCUCCAGAGACUCUGAGAAACAAUAAAGUGUCUCUUGCCACCGGAAA